AUGGUGUGUGUCAGUGAAUGGAUAGCCGUCAGCAGUGAGCACCAAGAACUGCUCCAAAAAGAUUUCGAGCAUUAUUUUCUUCAAUUGUCUUUGGAAGGAUGUCAGCAAGAUCACUCUUCACAACUGAUAUUCAUGUACUUCCUGAUAAAAUUCAGAGUGGCAGAUGAAGCCUUACAGGUCCUCAUCCAGUUCUCUUCUCCAUACCUAUGUGAGAAUGGAUUCUUGACACUAGCCAUCCUGAAAAUAAACCACCACAGUCUCCUCAAAAUGGAGGCUGACCGUAGACAUGCUGACGAGCAAACAGAAACACUGACAUUGCAAGUGGUGCAUUGUGGCUGGGAAAUUAAAAGCUGUAUUAGGUCAAAACCACAGUUGGGAACACUUUAG